UAGUUUCAUUCCUAUUCUAUUCACAAAUGGAGAUUUUUAUCAUUGUUGCUCAAACGAAGGGGUUCGUUGCGUGAAUAAGGUAUUUAAAUUGGUGAACUGUCCCUUUAAACUUAUCCGAUUUUAGAAAACAACAUGUCAAAUAUUCUUGAGAAAAAGAAACUAGAGGAGGCUGAAGAACAUGUUCGUCUGGCUGAGAAACAUUUAAAAACUGCUCCUUUCAAAUUCAAAUUCAGUCCUGAAUAUGACCCAGCAGGUGAUGAGUUUGGAAGAGCAGGAACAGCCUACAAAGUUGCCAAGAAAUAUGAAGAAUCUAAGAAAUGUUACUUAAGAGCUGUGGAUUGUUAUAAAGAAGUGCAUCAAGUGUUUCAGGCCGGUCGCAUGCUUGACAAUGCGGUGAUGGUGUGUAAAGAUGCAAACAAACAUGAAGACAUCUCUGAGUAUGCUACAAGGGGUGCUAUGAUGUUUAGAACAGUAAAUAAGCCCGAGGCUGCACUAAGUUUACUAGAGAAAGCAGCAAAAAUUAUUGAAAAAUCGAGACCAGAAGAUGCUAUAGGUUUAUAUGAGAAGGCAGCUGAAACUGUAAGUGUAGAGGAUAGACCUAAUGUAGCUGCCGACCAUAUGGGGAAGGCGGGCAGAAUCUGUGUUCGACUAAAGGCCUGGGAUCGGGCUAUACCUUGUUUACGUGCAGAAGUUAAUUAUAGAAAAGAAGGAGGAAGUUCACCGGCCCAGGCAGUAAUGGGGUUAUUGUUGAUUGAGCUGAUGAAAGGCGACAGAGUAGCAGCUGAGAAGGUUUGGCGUGAACUUGGAGCGUGGUGUGAUGGAGAACAUACAAGAGCUGUUCAAAAUAUCAUUGAAGGUUAUGAUAAUCAGGAUGCUGAAAUGGUGAGUGCGGGAUUAGAUUCCCCCGCCAUAAAAAACUUGGAUCUUGAUUUUUCAAGAUUGGCCCGGGAAUUGCCGCGUCCAAGUGGAUCUGGCGGAACAAACCAAGAUGGCGGUGAGGAAGACGACGGGAAUGAACUUGGUGGGCUUUGCUAGUACUUUGUUUUUUAACCUUGCGAGAUUUUCUUGUAUUUUGUAUGUCCUUCAUUUUCAGAUAAUUUAUUAAAGGCAAGUUUUAGCAAUGGUCUUCCCAAGGAUGCAAUACACUUUUUUGUUUAAUUUAUACAGCUAUUGUAUAAUGUAUAUAGCUAUUGUACACAGCUAUUGUAUAUAGCUAGUUGUUGUGAGCGAAGUUGCCAAAAUCACAAAAAAUUACAUUUGUUGAAUUUCUUUUUUUUCUGAAUAAAUAACACAAGACGA